UACUGUGACACUCUCUUUUUGAUAUGAUAGAGAGGAGUGUAUGUUCUUCUUCUACCCUUCCUUAGCUGCAAACAAUGGCAUCAAUAAAGUGCCCUUUAUUGUUAUCGCUUCUCCUUUCUUCCAUUUUCUUAACGAGUAAUCCAGUUAAAUGUGAUGAUGAUGAAGAAGAUACUCUUUAUGAUGGAAUCAAUAAGUAUAGAGCAUCACUGAACUUGAAAGCUCUAACAAAAAAUGAAAAUGCUGAUUGCCUUGCUGAUAAAAUAGCUGAUCAAUUCAAGAAGCAGCCUUGCACAAACACCACAGGUGCCAACACAGUGCCAGGCACAGAGCCUCAGUUCUCAAACUAUCCUGACCUUUUGUCCAAAUGCCACUUGGCCAUUUCCAACACAAGGGAUGGAAUAGUUAUGCCUGCUUGUGUUCCUGGCCUUGUUCCAACCAAGGUUCUUACAAAUUUCACAAAAUCUCUUUACUCAGAUAAUCUCAAUGAUUCAAAGUUCACAGGAAUUGGCAUUGGUUCAGAAGAUAACUGGAUUGUUGUUGUCUUGACCACAAACACUCCUACAGGAGACUUUGCUCCCUAUAGUUCUGCUGCUACUAAUUUGAUUUCUAAGAUUGGAUUGAAUCACUUCUCAUUUCUCUUAUUAGUUGCUAGCAUUUUCCUAUGAUGAAACCAAUGUUCUAAUGUUGUUGACAAUGUUGCAUUUUUGUUACAAUUUUGUUACCUGUCAAAAGGCCAUCUACCUCCAUGAAGAAUGUGUUUUUUGUGUCAAGGUAAAUGGAAAAUAAUAAGAAAAGACAGGUUUUCUAGUGAAAAAUUGAGAUCCUUGGCUUGCAUAACUGUUGCUACGGUAUUGUACUUGUUUUUGUAAAAUUGAGUGAGAUGAAUAGAAGAGAAUGCAUUGUUGCCAAAAGAUUA